CGCUCUACAGCUUUUGCCGGAAGGGAUCGUGGCUGACAUGGCGGAGGGCCUGCAGGGCGGCGGUGAGGGUGUCCCGCAGCAUCCAGCCCCUAGUGUGAGCCACAGCAGCUUUCCAGAGUACGAGCUUCCCGAGCUGCAUACGCGCGUGUUCCAUGUGGGCGCCUUUGGGGACCUGUGGCGCGGCCGGCUGGGGGCCAGGGAUUUGUCGCUGAGCGAACCGCAGGCAGCCCCUCCGCCGGCGCACGAAGGAGCGUCCAACAACGCCUUGGAGGAUGCUGCGGUUGCGGGGGAUCUGGGCUGCAGUCUGGAGGCCGCAGCAGAGCUGAGGGUCGUGUGCGGCCUUGAUAAACUGAGAUGCCUGGAACAAGGUGAAGACCCGGAAGUCAUCCCAGAGAACACUGACCUAGUGACUUUAUGUGUUAGGAAGGGACUCUUGGACUACCGGGAAGAAAACAUCACAAUAGACCGGGCCUGUAGACAAGAAACGUUUGCUUAUGAGAUGGAAUCUCAUGCACUAGGAAAAAAACCUGAAAAUGCAGCAGACAUGGUUAAAGAAGGGGAGCUUAUCCUGUCUGUGAACAUCUUAUACCCUGUUAUAUUUAAUAAGCACAAAGAACACAAACCGUACCAGACGAUGUUGGUACUGGGCAGUCAAAAGCUCACGGAACUGAGAGAUUCAAUUUGCUGUGUCAGUGACCUCCAGAUUGGUGGAGAAUUCAGCAACACUCCAGACCAAGCCCCUGAGCACAUCAGCAAAGACCUAUACAAAUCAGCUUUCUUUUAUUUUGAAGGAACAUUUUACAAUGACAGAAGAUACCUGGAAUGCAGAGACUUGAGCAGAACUAUUAUAGAAUGGUCGGAGUCCCAUGACCGAGGAUAUGGAAAAUUUAAGACUGCUAGAAUGGAAGAUUUCACAUUUAAUGAUUUGAAUAUUAAACUUGGCUUUCCUUACUUAUACUGUCACCAGGGAGACUGUGAACAUGUUGUUGUCAUUACAGACAUAAGGCUUGUGCACCACGAUGACUGCUUGGAUAGAACGCUUUACCCCCUUCUUACCAAAAAGCAUUGGCUAUGGACCAGGAAAUGUUUUGUCUGUAAGAUGUACACAGCUAGAUGGGUGACGAACAAUGACAGCUUUGCACCAGAGGACCCGUGUUUCUUUUGUGAUGUUUGCUUCAGAAUGCUCCACUAUGAUUCCGAAGGCAACAAAUUAGGGGAAUUCCUUGCUUAUCCUUAUGUUGACCCAGGAACCUUUAAUUAGUAUCACCAAAAAUAUAUAUAUUUUUUCCUACUCAAGUGUAAUUGUUAAUAUUAUUUAAUAUUUAUUACAAGGGAUUUUGUUUUUAUUGUGGAUUUUUCCUUAUGUUAUUUAUGAGGUGUAGAAAUGCUUUUUUGUAUUUUGAAUAUAUAAACCUUGAUGGAAACACAACUUCUGAUUCUUUUCUCCGAGUCCUGUACACUCUGUACACAAUGGGUUUUGCUAA